GCCACGGCGCCAGUCGAGUCCAGCGGCGCUCCGUCCCGUGCGCGUGUCCCACCGAGCUGCCGCCGACCCCAGCGACGGUCGCCAGCCGCCCCGCCGCGCCCCGGAGCUCCGACCACGGACAGCACGGCCCGCACCAUCACCUCCCGAGAGCGCCGGCGCCCCACGAUGCUGGCGCUGCUGCUGACGGCGCUACUGCCGCUGGUCGGCUGCCAGCAGCUGCAGCUGCAGCAGGAGCUGCACCAGCUGCGCUCCUCCGGCGGCGGACCGCUGCCCGACGGCCGGCCGGCGCACCAGCCGCGCGUCCUGCCCAGGGUGGUCGGUGUCCGGGAGGCGGCCGCCGCCACCGGACGGCCGGCGCCGGCGCAGUUCCCGCGCUAUGUGGAGGAGACCAUCGACCUGAGCACGCCGCUGGAGCCGCUCCAGGGGCCCGCUGAACGUCAUGACGAGCCCCAGCGGCGGCGGCCUGCUCAGCGCGGGCCACGGCCGGCCGGGCGGGUCACCCCUGACAGCCGCCGGCCGGCCGAGCGGCAGCACACGCCCCGGCCGACUGAGCUGCCAGAGGAGACGGACACUCGGCGUCCGCUCCGGGCCAGCUUCACCACGGCCAGCGGUCCGGCCGACCACAGCGAGCGACCGCCGACCGGUGACGGCCGCAGGGCCGGGGAGGAGCGCACCGGGCACCCGUCCGAGGGGCGCCGCAACGAGCACCCGACCGAGGGGCGCCCUCAGCGGGUAGUCGAGGAGCGGCCGGAACAUCUAUCUGAGGAGCGCUCUGAACAUCUCUCUGAACAUCGGGCGACGGAGGAACACCACCGUCGGCCUUCCAAUGAGCGCCCUGACCGGCUGAUCGAGGACCACAGGCAGUCCGAGAACCAGCCCGGUCGGCAGUCCGAGGGCCACCGCCACAGGCAGUCCGAGGACCACCCGGGCCACCGGUCGUCGGUGGACAGCUCGCUGCAGCUGUACUCUGACGCCUGGGACCUGGGCGCACCGCCGACCGACCCGCCGCAGGAGCCGGCCGACGACUCGCUGUCGGCGCUCGAGUACGAGCUGGCCGCCUACAACGUGACGCUGUUCGACGCGGCCAUGGACUACCUGCUGGACGACGCCACCAACCUGACCGCCCUGCUGCCAGAGGUCACCCAGUGGAAGGCCGACGACGCAAACAUGACCCGCUCGAUCGCCGUCAUGAACGCGCUGUUCACGGCGCUGCAGGCGCGCCUGGGCGACCAGGACUCGGUACUGGAGCGCUACGGCCUGCCGGCCACUACUGGGUUCAACGCGCGGCCCGUGCGCCGCACCUGGGCCGACGGCGCCGGCCGGCCCUACCGGCGCGCCAGACCAGUGGUGCACCGGUUCCGGCCUCAGGUGGACGAGCGGUUCCUGGGCGACCGGGCGUCGUGCGGCUCGUGCCAGUUCACGCUCAUGUGCUGGAUGUCUGGCGGCGUGGCGCGCGGCGGCUGCGGCGGCUUCAUGUUCGUCUGCUGCGACCACGGCGGCCGGUCGGCCAAGUCGUUCAACCCGCCGCCGCCGCCCAACGUCGACUACGGCCCGGUCCGGAACGACCCUGGAUGUGGCCUCUCGGACACGUCUCGGAUCGGCAUCACCCGGCGGAUCGUGGGCGGAAACCAGGCCGGCUUCGGCACCUUCCCCUGGCAGGCGUACAUUUUGAUCGGCACUAGCCGAUGCGGAGGAUCGCUCAUCAACCGACAGCACGUCAUCACUGCCGGACACUGCGUGGCCAGGGCCCGGCCGGGACAGAUCACCAUCACCCUGGGCGACUACGUGCUCAACUCGAACCGCGAGCCCCUGCCGGCCUACAAGUUCAAAGUGCGCGCCAUCCAGGUGCAUCCGCGCUUCCAGUUCACACCGCAGGCCGACCGAUACGACGUGGCCGUGCUCACAUUGGACCGGCCGGUGCCGUACGCGCCGCACAUCCAGCCCAUCUGCCUGCCCGAGAAGGGGGAGGAGUUUGAGGGCUUCUACGGCUGGGCGGCCGGCUGGGGAGCGCUGAGGCCCGGCUCUCGAGUGCGCCCCAAGGAGCUGCAGGUGGUCGACGUUCCCGUCAUCAACCGGCACAUGUGUGAGCAGUGGCACCGCCAGAAGGGCAUCAACGUCAUCAUCCACGAGGAGAUGAUGUGCGCUGGCUACAUCAACGGCGGCAAGGACUCGUGCCAGGGUGACAGCGGCGGACCUCUGAUGAUCGAGAGCGACGGCCGGUGGUAUCUCAUGGGCAUCGUGUCUGCCGGCUACUCCUGCGCCCAGGGCAAGCAGCCAGGUAUCUACCACCGCGUGUCGAUGACGUCCGACUGGAUCUCGUACGUGGCGGGCAACUGAGCGCUACCUCCCGACCGCCGCGCCCCCGGGGCGUCCGUUUAUGUACAGCAGUGCUGAGUUCUUUCACAAGUGCGACUGAGAGAGAGGAGAGGACCGCGCAGGGUGCGAUCAUGUGAUACCGAGUGAGGACUCCACCGCAGAGCCCCGGUGACCGUGCCAGUUGUGCGAGAGCGUCUCCCAAGAUGUGUAGUGUGUUUUGUUAUUGACAUGGUCCUUAGCAGACUAGCCUCAGGAUGUUACUCGUUAUUUUUCUUUACGCUCUGAGACUAGGUUUAUGAGAAGUCCGUUUGAAACCUGAGUUCAUUUUAGACCAUGUUCACACGUUUAUUUACCAUUCGUAGCCGGAUACCGCACUGGUCAAACAUCUAGUGCUCGCUGCUACACGCUCAAGCAAUCAGCAGCGAUCGGCCGAUCGCGGUGUCACUAGCUGUUCACUAGCUGAUGGCAUAAGUAUGAACUUUUGUUACAUGUGACGUUUGACUUGCAGUGUAAUGCCCAUUACGUUAUCGGAAUGACUGGCCAUUCUCAAAGUGCGCUUUGCUCGUACAACCAAUAUCAAUCCAUUCGACAAUGGAGCCACCAUGUGUUACGCGUUUUGUAUUGUGCUUGUGUUUGUAAUACCAAUCGUGAACAACCAGAAA